GAACAGAAUAUUUACAACAGACGGUCGUAUGGAUGGAAGGUUGCUGUCGGAGAAGGAAAAAUAUUGAGACGUUUUGUUGCGUCUGGAAGGGUUUUUGAUUUAUUUGUCGGAUUAUCGGACAGAGGUCGGGUGUUAGAACUGGACGUUGUUUGUUGUCGGCGAGAUAUCGGUGCUGUUGUUCUGAGAUUUUUCGUUCAUGCACUUCCAUGAAGCCGUGGAAAGCUGUUUCUGUAUUAUCAGAUCCUAACAACAGAUCAUGUCUGUUUAGUCUCGUUGUCGCCAUUUCUUUGUUCUGCGGCUCAUUCUUUGUCCGCAGCGCUUGGCUCGGCAAAGAAUUUUCCAUUAAGCUAUCACAAGAACUCGGAAUCGGCGCAUUGCAGCGAAAUACUAACUCUACUAUAUGCAGCAUACAGGACAAAUGCAGGUCUGCUGGGAUUGAAUCUUUGCCUAAAGGGAUCAUAUCCCCGACUUCGAACUUGGAAAUGAGCCCUUUAUGGGGUCCUCUAUCCGACGAUAAAAUUGCAAGGAACAAGAGUUUGUUGGCUGUUGCUGUCGGGAUCAAACAAAAACAAUUGGUCGACAAAAUUGUUAACAAGUUUCUGGCUGAUGAUUUUGCAGUAAUGCUCUUCCAUUACGACGGCGUUGUGGAUAAGUGGCAUGAUCUUGAAUGGAGCAAUAGAGUCAUCCAUGUCUCCGCAAGAAACCAAACAAAAUGGUGGUUUGCGAAGCGUUUUCUACAUCCGGACAUAGUCGCAGAGUAUGAGUACAUUUUUCUGUGGGACGAGGAUUUGGGAGUCGAAAACUUCAAUUCGGGAAGGUACAUUUCGAUAGUGAAGGAAGAAAGCCUCGAAAUAUCACAGCCGGCGCUCGAUUCCAGACAGUCCGAGGUGCAUCAUCUUGUCACUGUCCGCAACCGGAGAUCAAGGGUGCACAGGAGGUACAUUUGGUUCAAAGGCAACGGUCCUAAGUGCAGCGCCAGCAGCAUCGCUCCCCCCUGCGUCGGUUGGGUCGAAGUGAUGGCUCCCGUGUUCUCGAGGGCAGCGUGGCGAUGCGUUUGGCAUAUGGUUCAGAACGAUUUGAUCCACGCAUGGGGCCUCGACAUGAAGCUUGGGUAUUGCGCGCAGGGCGAUCGCUCGAUUAAAGUUGGCGUAGUCGACGAGGAGUAUCUAGUACACUACGGUCUACCUACUCUCGGCGAAAAACCCGACCAAGAUAAGGCCAAAUCGGCGUUGAGCUACAGACUGCCGAUUCGCCUACGAUCAGUCAAAGAAAUGAAGGAGUUCCAGCGGAGAUGGGACAAGGCGGUUAAGGAAGACGAGUGCUGGGUCGACCCCUAUCGAGAAUGAUCUUUCGGCGGCGG